CAACUUAUAAUGGCGUAUUAGCAGUAGUUAUGUGCACGCGUUAUUUGUGAUAGAUGUGUGAUCACCAACCCACUAUUGCAGUUUUUCUGAUUUUUCACAGAAGAUCCCAUGACCCGCUCUCACCUUUCAUUGAAGGCUCACAGUCAUCGCGAUGCGUUUCAACAAACAGGAGCUGACAACAUUAGCCACGCAGCCUUCACAGAAAUUUGACAAAGAAGGUGUUUUGUUCCUGCGCGAAAGGCAGGAAGGUUUCUUUCGGCGUUCCGAAAGGAAAGACAACAAAAGAGGGAAAAGAUCAAAGAGUCUUCGAGAACUGAGCUGCUAUAGUGGACCAAGCAAAGUCAGCUUGGAACGCUGGUGUAGACUCCGUGGCAAUCUUCUGUUUUACUUCAAAUCCAGAGAACAGUGGUCCGAACCGCUUGGUGUUAUAAUUCUUGAACAGUGUUCCAUAAAGGUUGAUUCACCGUCUGUUGAAGGGCCAUAUGGGUUCCACCUAGUGUUUGAUGGUGGUCUUAGUCAGCAUCUAGCAGCGUAUUCUCAGGGAGAGAGAGAUGCUUGGCUGCAAGCUAUACAAUUGGCCAGUUACGAGUGCAUGCGUUCACAGUUGUUGGCUCUGCAACAACGAAUGGAGCUGAGACGAGGACAUGAUCCUCACCUAGAUAUUCAUAUGUGGCGCAUUCGACAUGGUCAUUCUGUAGAUCCUUCAGAAUUGCCACUUUGCGAGAUAUCGUUGGCCUGUGAUAAUUUGCUUUGUGAUGGUCAUGGGCGCUCACCUAACCCUGUGCUUGCUGUGCAUGUGUUCAUACCAUCAGAAAGAGUCUGGAUGAAAUAUGGGAAAACAGAAGUGGUUGAGAGGAGCAGUAAUCCCUGUUUCCUUAACACCAUCAGCUUCCGUGCUAGUGACGGCUUGGGUACAGACACGAGAGUCCGUUUGACUGCUUUUGAUGUUCGUGAACAUGUGUCUCAAACAGCAAUUCCCAUUGGUUCAGCAAUCGUCACUCUAGGGAAAAUACAAGAAGCAGAUCGUCUACGUAUACCCCUACAAUCAGCAUCUGGUACUACUGUCGGUUUCCUGUCAAUCAGUGUGUGGAACCUCGAACCUGAAGAUAAGGGUGGGAGCACGGAGUCUACACCAUGCCGUAGUGUGCCAGAGCAUGAGGUUUCUGCGCAGGUGUACUCACAUAGACGGUCACAGUCACUGCCUCCUCGCCUUGGCACCAGAAUGAAGCUGCCGAAUCAGGGUCACCUACCUCAACUCUUUGCUUCACCAUAUGUUCAGACAUACCGAUUCCAUUCUGGACUUGGUGGUGACAUUUGUGUACAUGAAUUAAUGGCUGAGAGUCGUUUGUGCUUCCAGUUCCCUCAGCAACUGCUAGCGCUUUGGAUCCAGGAAGAAAAAGAACUGCUCCAGGAGGUAGCGGGCAUGGGAGAGUUACGUGAACCUUGGCACUCAAGACAAGUUGAAUUGCUUGACAGGCAUCUACAGCUGUUGCACCUUUACUCUCAAGCGAAGGAGAAUCUGGCUGUCCAUCGUGGAAGUUUCUUCAAGCCAAGUUCACGUAAAAAUGAUAGGACCCUGGAAUUUGCACCAGUCAAUCUACACUUGCAACGCAUGUGGGUACAGAAUGACACACUUCGGAAAAGUGGUUUCUAUGACAUCAUCACAGUCGGCGCUUUCACUGCACAUUCUCACAAGUCAAAAAAUGGAGGUCUCAUUAAGUUGUUACAGCAACUUAAGGAGUCACCUUCAAAACAGAAUAGUAAUUUACAAGGACCCACUAAAAUUUCCAUGGCACAUGAUGCUAUUCAGGCGAUUAAGCAACUGAGAAGAGAGGUUGUUGAUGGGAUGCGAGCUUUAAUGAAACUGGCAAAAGAGAAACAGACUGCUGGUAUGCUUCCUAUAUGUGAAGAUAUGAUCACAAAGACCCGAAUUCUCCUGAGCUUGUGGGAUCCAGGUCUGGUUGAAGAAGCUCUGUCAUUUAUAGAGGAACAUAAAGUGGCCCAACCUAUUGUAAACGAAUCUGCAGAAGGCGAAGAUGGUCUCUGUAGUUUAGAGCUUCACCAGCAGCAACAGCAGACAUUAUCGCCAUACCGACGAAUUACUCAACAACUAAAUUUUGAUCUGAAAUCACCGGAUAUAGAUGAUCUUGUGACACCUGAUACUCCACAGUGUACAAGAACUUUUUGGAAUAUCCCUACUAGUAAUAGUUCUGCUAAAAUGUGCCCUACAAAUUCCGCUGACAAAGAAGGUGGAACAUCACAGAGCAAUAGGGAUUCUCAAUUCAUUAUUUUUCCUGAUGCAGAAGAGGACAUUGAUAGGGAAGCUAAUGAACUGAAGGAGAAAGAAAAUGACGACAGUGGUGUAGAAAAUGAAGAGAACAUUCAUAGUAAUGAAGCUUCAGGCACAGACGAAACUAAACAAAUGAUUCUUCCAAAUGGGUAUGAUUCAGAUAUUGGGCGAAGAUUCCUGGAUACACAAGUGAUGUGCAGUUCUCCAUCUGCAAAUUACUAUAAACCAACUGAUGAACCUGAGCCGUGGGAUCUCACACAACUUAACAUUGAAGCCAGUGUUAUGUGCCUUGUCAGUAAAGUGAAAUUUCUCUGUGGCCGUUGUGGAAGCCCAGCUGUACGUCUGAGAUCUUCGCAACGUGGUGUUGGAAGAUCUAGGAGCUUCAGAAGUGGGCUUUCAACAAAAGAAGCCAAAGACAGUGAAACUACCAAAACUGAGUCUGUCGUCACGGUCCAGCCAACAAGCAAUACACCUCUGAGCAACGGGAAAGAUAGUAAUAGCCAAACUGAGAGCACCUGUUCUUCUACCAAAGCCAAAAGUGAAAGUGACAAAGUAAACUCAGAAGACUCUUUAGGCUUUAAUGCCAGUAUGAGCAGUGACGAUGUUCUAAACAAAACUGUGGACACAGUUCAGAAGGCUGUCAAUGGGGCUACAAACAGAAAUGGUGCCACCGUUCGAAAUAAGUUCACUGAAGGUCUGGAUUUUGCUUCCAUUGUAGACUGGACAUGUGAACUGAGGCCUAGUAUGAGAAAACUAAGGCAAGCAAUGGAUGGACUUCUAAAGACUGCUCGUCUUACUCAUAGUGUUUUCCGUGUGCAAGAAGAUAGUAGGAUUGCACAACGUGCAUGUAACGUUCGUUACCGCAGGGAUGUGUGUUUUUCACAGUCUCUCACGUCACUCGUAACUGGACUGAUGGCAAAAUUAUGGUGCCAGAAGCCUGAUCCAACAUUUCUUCUAGUUCUCACUACACUCGGGCCGUUGGUAUCAUUUGAAGGCCUGCUCAGCUACUAUGGUGAUGAAAUAGACAUGUGGGGUGACAUGACAGUGGCUGUGGAAGACCUUGUGACUGUGAAAUUUACACUGACACGUUCUCCCAAUAACUGUCGAUCAGGUAGCCAGCAGCAAGAAGCAGGACAGCCACAGCUGCCAGCUCCCCGUGUGACAGGUUCCCGGACUGCUCUGACUGUGCUACUUCCUGUCCCCGAUGCUGUCUAUUCCAUGCUACCACUGUCACACCCAGGGGCUGACACUGUUUCAUUUAACAUCACACCAGUUUAUUUCAACAUUGGAAUUAAUGAGAUGGCAACUUUGGCUGAAAGCCUGGGCAGCACUCGGCCACAGGAGAAGAGCAAUGUUGAUAAUUUUGACCGUUUAAAUGAGUAUUACCAUCGUUUCCGCAAGUUAAAUAUACCAGCCGACAUGGCAGGUCAUAGAGGCCAGUCUUGUGCUCCAUUACAAAUGAGUCUUGGAGAUCUGGUAGAGAAACUUCGUCAAGCUGUUCAUACGAGACAGAGCAAGAAUGUUCAAGUCCUGCAUUUAUCAUCUCACAUCUGCCGAAGGAUGAAAGGUUUACGCUUCACUAGCUGCAAGAGUGCCAAAGAUCGCACUGGAAUGUCUGUAACUUUAGAACAAUGCCAGAUUCUUGUCACGGAGUAUGAUUUGGCAGAACAUGAAUUCCGCAGAGCUUUGGACUGCAUGAGGAGUGAAGGUAGCCGUAGAGAGAAUACUAACAAGAACACAGGUGUUCGCAAAUAUGCUUUCAAUAGCCUUCAAUUGCUCACUCUACCUAAGGAGUACAGGCCACCUGCUGGUACUUAUGGAUCUGCACAAACGUGAUGUGACUGUUGUGUCUUCCAGUCAAGUUCCUAUAUAGUGUUGUUGGUGCUCUUUGGUUCUCAUAAACUUCAACCAGAAAAUUACAAGAAGUGUUAGUGAGCUGCAGUUACCUGAUUCUUAAAUGUCCCAAAAUUCAUUAAAAUUUGUGUGGCGUGUGUUUGCUCUAAGAGCUUAUUGAUGACACAGUGAUGCUUCGUAAAAGAUUACUCAGCAUCUGAUACAUUUACUGGAUCUACAGAAAGUAGCUUCAUAAGCUGUUCAGCUUCAGAAAACAAUAAACAAAUGAAAUCUGCAAAAUAUAUACAGCCAAGUGAUAUCUGUUUCUGCCUUUAGCAGGCAGCUUUAAUAAGUACAUUGUUGACAGAAAUCUGUGUGCACUAAGAAAAUAUUCACCUUACCUAGACAGUACAAAUUUUACACUGGGUGAUUACUGUACAUAGCAAAAGUAUUAUGUAAUACUUCAAAUUCUAAACACAUAUUCAUCUUUUAUUUGCUACUUACUCUGCACAAAAUGUAACAAUAUAAGAAAAUCAGUAUUAAUGGUAACACUAUACUGGAAUAACAAUUUUUUGUUGAUCUGGAAAUGAGGGUGAUAGAUUUGUUUUGUAAAGAUGUUGAAGUUUAUUGAUUAUUGUAAUGGUUGUUACUGAAUUAUUAUUCUUGUGUAAAUAUAUGUUUUUCAUUUUUAUAUUAAUAUUUAUUUUUACUUUUUUUGUUAUUUGUAUUAUUCAGUUGAUAAUGCUACAGAUUUGAAAUGCUCUAAAAGCAUUUUUUUUUUUUUUUUUUUUUUUCCAAAUCUUACCUUGAUAGCACAAUUUCCACUCUGGUAUGAGAGGCAAGAUUUGUAGUACUGAAUCACUGUAAUGCUGUCUUGAUGAGAGACUUCAGUGUCAUUUUAAUCUUGUACCAUUUGCAGUUUUUAGAUCUGAGGUAUGCUUUCUACAUGUAACUACUGAACUGUACAGACUGGUGCAUGGCGACCAGUGCCAGUACUGAAACACUGCUUUAUGUCAAACCUCUGCAAGCAGAAGUAUUCCGACAAUAGGGCUUACAGCUGAAGUAAAAUAUUUGCUUUGAUGUUUAACACAGUGAGUGAACAGCUUGUGUGAAAUUAAAAUCCUGGUUAAAUUCUGUAAGACAAGUACUCCCAGUAGAUACCUAUGAAAGUAAAAGUGAUGACGUUAUCGUAGCUUUUGGAACUAUUAGUUCCUUCCCAAGGGUGGAGAGAUGGGUAGAUUGUAGAAGGGUGAAGAGGGAGGACAGGUCACUCACACAUCAGGAUGAGAGAGGCCUGCCUGUAAUGAGGACAGUAGCAUUAACAGUUUGAGUGAUGAGUGAUGUCCUCAGUAUUGAAGUUAAGCUUGUCCUGCUUGUGGUUGUUUCUAUAUUUGCUGAAAUCGAUCACAUACCUUGAUCUUCUUCAUACAAUCUUUCAGUGUACUAACAGUCCUAACGUACAAGUAAAUUUCAGUCCAAGACCCAAUGCUUCCUUCUUUAACUGUGAUAAUCUCACUGCCUGUAGGACAUAACAUAAUUGUGAUUGGUAACUAUCGGUUGCUCUAAUGACUGCUAUUUUACCAAACUAGGUGUGAUCCUCCAUCUGGUCUACAGUUGUAAAAUCACAUUCAGUAGGGCGAUGGUUCAAACCCACAUCCUGCCAUCUAGGCUUAGGUUUUUCGUGAUUUCCCUAAAUCACUCCAGGCAAAUGCUAGGAUGUUUCCUUUGAAGAGAACAAAGCUGAUUUCCUGCCUCAUCCUUUCGUAGUCCCAACUUGUGCUCUGUCUCUAAUGAUCUCACUGCUGACAGGAUGUCAAUGUUUAAAUCUUCCAUAAUGUAGGAAAAGACAGCUUUCGACCACAGCCUUCGUCAGUAAGAGAGAGAUACGUACGAUUCAUACACACAAGCAAGCACACCUCAUGCACGCUGUCUCUCUCUUACUGAUGAAGGCUGUGGCCAAAGCUUUAUGUAAGUGUCUUUUAAUUGUGCCAGCCUGCAGCUUCACGUGUCAUCUUUACAGUAAGUAGCUAUCUGUCUUACCGUACAUGGUUGAUGUUCCUACUGGGGUUCCCAUUGUUUAAAUCUUCCAUCCUUUUUACAGCUUUAAAUCAACAUUUACUUAUCCUGUUUGGAGUCAGCAUUUUUCAAUCCAUUUUUCCCUUUCUGCUUGUUUCUAAUACCACCCUGUUUCAUACUUUAAGUGAAAAGAUUAUAUUUGUAUCUUCUUGCACCACAUUUCAGAUGCUUACAGUUUCUUCUUAGAUUUUCCAUUGUUGUGCUGUUUAAAGACUAGGCAGUUCUAUGCCCCAAAUGUACAACUUGAUGAAACCGUAUUUUUAUUUAGAGAAUGGGUGAAUUUUAAGAGAUUUCACUCACAUAAUUAUAAAAUAAAAAUGAUUUAUUCUUUGGAGUGCUCAUCUUGUGUAAUCUUACUUCUUAAAUGUCAGAACUCUUUCACUUAUUUUACAAUGACUUUUCCAGUUCCAGUUUACAUGUUCAGAAAUUCAUUCUCUCUUUCUUUCACAAAUCAUUUUAAUAUUUUUUACAAUGCAAAUUUUCUACAGGUUGCCCUUUACUUCCCAUACAGCCUCCCCACUUUCAGCCUAAUGAAUUGUGUCACUCAGUCUUAAACAUGGUAUGCGUUCUCCUCUCACUCUCAUUCCUGCUUUACGUUACUCUUUUACUCGUUUCAGUGCUUUUUUGUGUCAGUUGUAAUGAUAGGAACAUGAAGACAAUACAACACCCAGUCCCCAGGUGGAGAAGAUCUCUGACCUGGCCUGGAAUCAAACCCAGGCGGCCUCGGUUUGCAAUCUGUUAUGCUGACUGCACAGCUACUGAAGCAGACUAGACUUUUUAGUUUCACAAUUUUUGUAUUGUUUGCUACUGGUGGGAUUAUCAUGGCAGAAUUAAGAUACACAGAAUAUAUUGUAAAUGGCAUCAGGUAUUGUGCUGCAAUGAUUGACUUCUGUAUCAAAGCGAAGUUAACUGUCGUUGAAAAGGAAUUCCUGAUACGUACAACAGUAAUCGAUAGACAAGAUUUUUAAAUCCAAAUGCAGUCACUUGUAUUUCAUUUUGAAGUGACAGCUGUCUCCAUUUUAUAUUGCACUGACAUAUGUUAGUCACUGUUACAUUGUAAAUUACUAAAGGUAUCAGGUUAAUUUCUUUUAAUCAUUUACUCUAGGUGCAGAUAGAGAAUUACAAAAAUGGUACAUUUAAUAUUUAACAUUCUGGUACCAACAUGAUUGUUGGAGAUGGUACUGCAGUGUUUGUCUUGAAUAUAUUUUGAUUUAUGUCAUGAAUAACUUUGUCUUUUAUUACCAGUGUGCUACUUGUGCAUUCAUAUGUAACUAAUAUGGGAGACAAUUUGGGAAGACCAUCAGUACGUUACAGUCUAAGUGCCUUGCUGGAGGCAGUCCAACUACUUAAACACUUUAUUGAAGCAUUAAGCAUUCUCUGUGAUAAUCAUAUAGCUGAGACAUUCUCCACAACAGGUAAAGAAGUCAUGUUGUUAAACUGCUACCAUUGCAACAAAGAUUAUUUCUAUGUACAACAAUAGUACUAAAUAUAAAUGUACCAGUGAACAAAAGAAUAAAUGUUAUUUAAUAGCUAAUCUGUUCUGAUGUGGUACUUAUUGAGAAGUCAUAAAUCUUAGUAAAUAAAACUUGUGUUUAUUAACCAACAAGUGGAAUGUGCAAUUACACAUAGCUUUUACUUCUAGAGAGAAGAAUAUAACAUGUACAGUGCACUUAUUUUGUCUUAUUAUUUAUUGCUAAAUCUUUCUUGUUUCAACCAUUUAGAUGAACUGGUAUGGAAUCUCUAUUAUGACGUACAGUGUACAUACCAACUUCUAAAUUUAAAGUUGUAUAUAUAUUGUUAUGUGGUUUAAUAUUGAGAUGUUAAUUCACAUGCAGUAGCCUCAGUGUUAUGAAACCUAAGAACUUUCAUAAAUUAAAGAAAAUCUCAAGUUUUUUGUUACUUACAGAUAUUUGUAGCCAUUAACUAUAACCAAAGAUUAUAUGAUGCCCAUAGAUGCACUUUGCCUGUUAUGUACAGUUUAGAAUGUAGUUAAAAGUACAGUGUACAUAUAAAUGUUAUUUUAGAUAGUGCCUCAUGUGAUACAUUUGGUGAACAACUUAUUUUAAUGUAUUGUACCUAAUAACUAAAUGUUUUAAAAUGCAAACAUUCCUAAGGUGCUGGUGACCAGGUUUGUUUUAUGAUACUGGUGGGAUAUUUAAUAAUAUUUAUUGUAUUUAUUUGUAGUUAAAAUACAAUGUAUGAAGCAUCUGAGUGGUUGUCUGUGACAGCAUCAUAGUUACUUUUAGAAAAGAAAAGGGGAGGGAUUGGUUGUAUACAGUCACGUCUGAAAUCUAUCAUGUUGGAUAGUAAAAGCACAUAAAUAAAUUAUAUCCUACCACUAGACACAUUUUUAUGAAUGAAAUUCAUAUUGUGUGUUCUAAGGUUUAAAAUAUUGUCUAGUACAAAUAAAAAUAUCUCCUUGUAAGAUGGUGUUGAAUGAUGGAGUACACUGUAUCAGAGCAUUGUAAUGUAUGUAAUUCACUAUCUUUGUUCUGCGACCUCUAUAGUCAAAUAGGCAUCUCUGUUUCAAAAGUGAAGGAACAGAAUUUAUCAGCAAAGGGUAAAGAAAUGGUUUGGGGAGGAGGGGUGGGGAAUGGGGACUUGGACAAGUAAAGACGUUAGCAAGAAUCUUACACAGUGAAUGGUACCUCAGGAGUUAUCUACUGCAAUUUCAACAAACAGUAGCAAAAUUUGGUAUUUAUAACAAUAAAAAUCAUCUUAUCCACAGCAAAAUGUAAGAGGGGAAGAGAUUUUUCAGUUUCUUCUUACAUCACAUCUCUGGUGAUUUGGAGGCCUAGAUCUGUGUUAUUGUUACUGAUCACAAUAUUCUUUGUUUGUGCUGCUAGUACUCUCAUAUAUUGUUUUUUAGCUCUCCUAUUUUUUGUUGUCCUUGCUUUUAUUUAUCCUCCAAGGCAUGUGUCAGUCUUUUUCCUAUUUUACUUAACUGCCUUUCAUCUUUACAUUACCCAUUUUCCUCUUGCUCACAGAAUAUGUUAAUCAAAUCAAAUUGAUAAUAUUAAAAGAGAAAAGGAAUUAAAGUUGAAAACAACAUGGAUAAGAAGUUGGAUAUCUCAAAAGAGAGAACCCAUAGCUAAUUUUAGCACAACACUUUGGAGUGGGUUUGCAAUGCAUGAAUGUAAAUUAAGCUGUAGGAAGCAGAAGAUAAAAAGUCUCACGGUACUGUUUGUCCUGCUUUCGGAUGGUAUUUCAGUAACUAACCAGAUUCAUGAGAACUGGUGCGUAAUGCUUCAACUGUAUGUGUUUUUCAAAAGAAGUUUUAUUUUAUGUGCUUAUAUGACUGCCUGGCCUUGGUUAUUAAUUGUGGUUUUCUGCCUUUUAGAUAGAUAUUAUUCAUUUCCUGGGUCUUCAUUUAAUUAUACCUUUUAACCUGUCACUUUCUACACACUACAAUGUGAAAGUAGCAGAUCACACAACUUCAGUAAAGAUCAGGUGAUCAAACUAGAAUCAUGGAUAUUACUCAACAUGAACGUGAACACUUUCCAUGGUGGUGUUGUAUACGGAAUGCUUCCAUAAAUGUUAUGUCUGAAAGUAAGUAGUCGAAGGAAGAAGCAGAAACCAAAUUGUAGUGCAGUUAUUUUUGAGCAUUUCAUAGCAUACACUGAGGACAUUAGUUGUGUUAUUCAUAGUUAUAUUUCUUUGAAAUUAACUUUGCACUCAUAAAUUAUGAUGCAAGUGUUUAUAACAUAAUUUUCACACUUCAUGCAUUCAAAGAGUUUACACCCAUAGGUUCUUCCUUUUUAUGGACUAACUUUACAACAGUGGCACAGUUGACAACAUUUUUCAUACUUAAUGUAGACUGAGUAUUAUGCAUAAGUGGUGUACCUUUUCUUUAUUGCAUCAUAACCAAAUUUGGCUAAAUGUUCAAAAGGUGGCUGGUUAAAUUAUUUUAAAGCAUUCAGAUAUAAUGCCAAAAAGUUAAUGCCUCUGUAACAUACACAUAUACUUAAAUUUUAGAGAUGAAGAGGUAUAUAAUUUUGACUCAUAUAAAUAAAAUUUUGUAUUGACAUUCUUGUUGUGUGUUCAGAAUAAGUAUUAUAUUACCAUUUAAACAAUUUUUAUGUAGUAGUUCUUUGUCUUUCUCAAAAACUGUUGUAAUCAUCAAAUAAUCGUAUUAUAUUCAUGCGUUCCCUAAAAGGGAAAAACACUGUUGUAAAACCUGUUGUUACAAAUCUUGUAUUGUACUCAAAAAGAUAUUUUAAUGAUGACAAUCGAAACAGAUUGCUGCAAAAGCAGAUGUAUUGUAUUCUGAAGCAGUAAAAAAGUCUGAAACAU